CGGGGGGGAAGCAGCGGGUGGAUGGCCCCCUACACAGGGCGUGAGGGUCGGGGACAUGGUGGAUCUGAAGGACAGCACUGGUAAGUGGUGCGUGGCCCAGGUGCGGCUGGUGACGGAGGAGCUGGUGUCAGUACGGCCCCGGGACCUGGACUGGGACGAAGAGCUGCCCUUGGUCUCCUCGCGGCUGGCGAUGGCGGGUACGCACACCGGCGUGGCGGUGGAAGGCGAAACGGGUGAAAAUGCUCAAGGAGCGAUGUCCGUCAGGCCGCAGGGCGCUCUCUGGGCCUGGACGACAGGGGAGCUGGCAGAUAUGGUGGCGCGGAUGCAGGCGCGCCUCGAGGAAGUGGAAGGGCAGGAGGCCGGCGGGCCCGGGGAGCCGGAUGACUUUUGUCGGCAGGCGCUUCCGGCGUUUAUGGAGGUAUGUCUCGCGUCCUCAUAUCCGGCGGAAGAGGACGACGCAACCUUGCUCGGCAUGCUGGAGGGUCUGAAGGUCGCCUACGCCCUACUCGCCAGGGUGCUCUCCCGCCUGGGCGAGGCUCCCUGCCCGCUGCCCCUCCUAAGGGCCCUUUCCAUGGUCUUCCACGCCGAUCCAGC